AUGGCGAUCAAAGGCGUCGAUUUCAAGUGGUAUGAUGGGUUCUUCUUGUCUAUGCUCGUUACAAGUAUAAUAAUUGUGGUAGUCAAUUGGAGCAAGUACCAUUCAUGUAUGUACCCGUUGCACAUAUGGAUUGUGGUUGAUUAUACCUCAGUCUUUAUUUUCCGGCUCUUGAUGUUUAUGGACAAUGGAUUGGCUUCCGGAAUGGGAUUGGAUCUCGGCUGGCAGCAAAGAUAUGCACGAUUUAUUGGAAGAGCUGUUGUACUAUCGAUUCUUGUUUUGCUACUUUAUCCCUUUCUUUUGGCUUGGACCGUCAUAGGCACCCUGUGGUUCACUCGGGCGAAAAAUUGUUUGCCGGAGGAUGGCCAGAAAUGGGGUUUCUUUAUUUGGUUGCUUUUCAGCUAUUGUGGGCUUGUGUGCAUUGCUUUCAUCUGUAUGGGAAAGAUCAGAUGUUUUACUUUGUACCGCUCACUCUCAUGCCCAAAAUGA